AUGGCCACUUGGAAAGUCGCCUAUUUCAGCGGCGUUGGCGGACGCCCUUCCACCAUGCUUGAGCAGGCGCCGGACGAAAUCGAGGUUACGGUGGUGGACCCGGCUCUGUCGGAGUCGGAAAAAAUCGAUCUUUGCCGCGACGCCGACGCCCUCGUCACCAGCGACGUUAGCACCAGCGUGCUCCAGGAGUGCCCCCGGGUAAAGCUGAUCCAGACCCUGAGUGCGGGCUACGACCGGCUGGACUUGGAGGCCAUCCUUGAAAUGGGCAUACCCGUGGCCAACAACGGCGGCGCCAACGCCAUUUCGGUGUCGGAGCAGACCAUUGCCAUGAUGAUCGGCAUCAACCGGAACCUCAUGGCCCAAUGGGAUAGCACUACCCGGCGGCGGGAGUGGCGAAGCAACCUCUAUCAGACCGACCUGUCGGAAGUUACCGACAAGACGGUGGGCCUCGUGGGGUUGGGACGCAUAGGCCGGCAGGUGGCCAAACGGCUGACCGGGUUCGAUACCCAGACCAUCUUUUACGACGUGGAGGAUGUACCCGAGGAUGUUCAGCGCGAGGUCAAGGCAUCGCCUGUGCCCUUUGACGAAUUGCUGGAGACCUCCGACAUCGUCAGCCUCCAUGUUCCCCUCACCAGGCGGACCCGGGGCAUGAUGUCGGACCGGGAAUUUGACGUGAUGAAGGAGACGGCCUUCCUGAUUAACCUCUGCCGCGGGCCGGUGGUGGACGAGGCAGCCCUGUAUCGCGCCCUGACCGAGGGGAAGAUUGCUGGCGCCGGACUGGACGUUUUGGAGGUGGAGCCCACGCCCGCCGACAAUCCCCUGUUCGAACUGGACAACGUGAUCAUCACCCCGCACAUGGCCGGUCAGAGCCAGGAGACCGCCCUGCGGGCAGCGCGCUUUGCUUACGGCAAUAUCCUCCGCGUGCUGUCGGGACAGGAGGCCGAGUCCCUGGUAACCCCGGAAUAG